AUGCGGUGGUCUGUGUUCUUCACAUUAAUUCUGUCCCUGCUAUUUGUGGCAGGGACACUGGCUGCACCAGCUCAGGGUCUGGGACGCGAGAUAGAGGCAAGGCAGGAAAAGGAAACGGAUUCCGAUAAAGCCGCGGAGAGUACAACUAGCGAGACGUCGGCAACACAAACAGAUGCGUCGACAACUGCAUUGGGAUCGACGGCAACUUCAACAUCAACUUCGGCACCGACUACCAACACGGGUACUGCUAACACGACGAACGCCGUUUCAACAACUGCUUCCGCCGCUGAAGCUACUUCAACCGUCCCUUCUCUCGAUGGAGCCACUGCUGCUUCCCAGCAAGAAGCGGCCGAUUCAGCAAGGCCAACAUACUCGGGCGGACUUCCUAUCAAGCCGGUGAUCACUCCAGCAUUGGGAGUUGGAGGAUUCAUACUUCUGGCGCUGGGAGCAGUUCUUGCUUUCAUUGGUGUCCGCAAGCAAUGGGUCCAGAUCUUCCUCUCAACGGCGUUCCUCACUGCGCUGGGUGUUACCGUCCUGAUUGUAUAUGUGAUGAGUCCACCGGUGAGUAAUGCUGUACAGGGUGGCUAUGUCGUAGCUGUCUUCUUCACCGGUGCCGUCUUUGGUGGCCUCUCCAUGGUAUUCAAAGAGAUUUGCGAAGGUUUAGGGUGUCUCCUGGGCGGUUUCUGUCUCAGCAUGUGGCUUCUUGCCCUGAAGUCCGGUGGUCUUUUAACUGAAAGCGGUCCCAGAACCGGAAUGAUCAUCGCGUUCUCGGUAGGCUUCUAUUGUCUGUCGUUCAGUCAUUAUACUCGUCCAUAUGGUCUCAUUGGAUGCUCGUCAUUCUCUGGUGCCACGGCAUUGGUGUUGGGCAUUGAUUGCUUUAGCAGAGCUGGACUGAAAGAAUUCUGGCUGUAUAUCUGGGGUUUAAACCAAAAUAUCUUCCCGCUCAAGACUGAUACUUACCCGGUCACCCGCAACAUCCGUGUUGAGCUCGCUGUGACGAUUAUUGUCAGUGUUCUGGGUGUAAUUUCCCAGCUCAGGUUGUGGAAGGUCAUUAAGGAGCGCAGAGCCAAGGAAGAAGAUGCCCGUAAAGAGCAUGAGCGGAAGAUCGAAGAAGAGGAUGCCGAAGCCGGUCGACAAUUGGAAGAGAAGAACAUCCAGGAACGUGCCGAAUGGGAAAUGACUUACGGUAAUGGCCAGGACAGCAAGAGCAAGACAGCCUCGGUGUCCGAAACGGCCAUCGGCGAAGACUCGCGACGCGGCUCGGACGGGUUCACGUCUUCCAACAAUGACAAGGAUGGUGAUAUUGAAAUGAAGGAAAUGCAGAGUCCCGAGAUUGCUGCCGAAAGCGAAAAGAACGGCGAAGCUCGGGAACUCGAGCCUGUGCAAGAGGAGGAUGCUCAGGAAUCGACUGAGCAAGAAAAGCAGCAAGGACCCGAGCAGGAAAAUGGGGAUUCCAAGGCCAGGCCUGAGACGCCUGUCGUUACUCAUGUCCUCGGCGAAGACAAUGACAAUUCUUCUGAGAAUGGAGCAGUCAUCGGCUCGGAGGCUGGGACACCACGCUCGAAACGCAUGUCUGGCAGAGAGCUGCUGAACAGGCUGUCCUGGCGAAAUAGUACUGACAUGAAGGUCACUUCCCAGUCUCGGGAGGCUUUGGUUGCUCACAACGAUGCCUCUUCCUCUGUGUACGGCGUGGUGGAUGAUGUCGAUGAUCUCCAGGAAGUGAGCGUGGGUUGCCCAAGUAUCGCAUCGGAUAUCCACGAGCGUGUCCAGGAGGGUCCUAUGCAAGAAGCCAUUGUGCCGGAGGAUCUGCCAGAGAAGCGUACUAUUGAGAUGGAGACCCAGUCGAAUGCUGGUUCGCAGGCUGUCCGCGAGAACACCGUUCCAGGAGCGGGACUGGCCGUGGAUUCAGGUGCAGCAGAGCAUCAAGAUGCACAGAAAGACAUUGCCGACGAACCUAUUGCCAGCAAGGUUGCUCCUCAGGCUUCCAAGGAAGCUGGGCUUGGCGUUGUCACAGAUGCAGCAAUCCAGAAUGUUGCUAGUAAAGUGUUCAACUACGAAACUUUUGCCAGCAGGUCUACACAGCCAACAAGCACCACUGAAACUGUUGCUCCCACUCCCAUCGAGAGCACCAUCGCAAGCCCUCUAGACAGGACUGGAAUAUCAGUCAUGUCUGAACAGCUCCAAUCGCCAGAUACUCCUGCAACGGAUAUUCAACCCGAGAUCACCGAUGCACCAAUGAGCCAAAAGGCAGAAACCGUGGUGUUGGUGCAGGUAUCUCAGAAGGAUGGCCUAGUUGAGCCCUUGAAAGAGACAGAGGCUCAACCAACAGUCGACACCAUCGACGAGGAAGUCAUUCCUCUUCCCGGUCCCAAGCCAGUCGAGAAGAUCAAGAGGGAACAAGUCAUCAAGAAACUGAAUGCCUCAACUGUCAAAGCCCUUCCUGAGCAAACAUCCAGGAUCAUUCAUUCUUAUCGCACAAAUGAAUGGGCCAAACAUCUGGCAGACGCCGACACUCCUGAGAUGGAGCCCAUUGAGUUCGACACUGAGCCUGAAGUGAAAGACUCUGAGGAAGUGCAGGAGACUGCAGCUUUCGUCGAUGUUGACGGUCUUCUCCAGACGCCUCUGAAUGCUCAACCACCUCCAGCUGUGAACAGGACUGAACCAUAUGAGGUGGAAGCUAUCCAACCUGCUGCCAUUUCAUCCGUUCCUUCGGCCGAAGCGCCUCGAUCCAAGUUUAGGAGCAGUCUCAGCAGAGCUAUGCAAAGCCCACUCUCUCGCAACGCCUCAACUGGCUCUGUGAACAUGCUACGAGCAUCCACUGGUCAACUACCACACUCCCAAGAAGGACAAGCAGGAUUACGCAGCGCCUCAACCCCAUACUUGACAAUCACUGCCCCCGAGAACAAGGAAACAGAACAAACACCAAAAUGGAACGGACCACCACCCCUCCUCGCCGUACGCGAGGACAUGGUCCGAAACCGCAUGUCAUCUACAUCCCUCCGCUACGAUCCCUGGGCAUCCCGCAACCAAUCCCGUCAGUCCUUCAACGAUAUCCCCCCUAUCUCCCCACCCCUCUCUGUCCCCGAAGAAAGGGACGAAGACUACGAACAAGGCCCACUCCGCGACGAAGACGACAUCCCCCUCUCAAAACGACGCACCAUGCUCCAACGUCAAACAAUGCAAUCCCCCUACGCAGCCAGUGUCCACAGCCUCGAAGCUCCAUCCCCUGUGCAAUCACCACCUCCAGGCGCCGAGCUAAACAGAUCUGCAUCGCGGAUGGCAGCAUGGCGCCAAUCUGUCCGCGAGGAAAUCACCCACAAGCGUGAUCCUCUCGCUCUCCCUCCCCAGUCCCCGCCUAUGGGCGGGGCAGUGAGCCCCGAUCGACCGCAUAGUAGUCUCUGGGGCUCUGUGCAGCAGAUGCGGGACGCUUCAUCGCGCCAGCUUGACAGUGCCGUUGCCAAUGGCAUGCAGCGUGGCAGCAUGACCGAUUUGCAUCGUCAGGCUAUGCGUCGCAUGCAGGCUUCUGCUAAUAAAAAACUGUAG